AUGGGGGCUUCUGCGAGCAGCCGCGCCGCCGCCUUCCCGCAGGCCGGCCGGAGAGCCGCAGCCAUCUCCAGCCUUCUCAUUGUACUUGUGUUUCUUGGCACCACUGGUGCUCAGUCGAAGCUGACUUCUGAACAGAAUGCCAUAAGCCUCUCCUCUGGAAAAUAUCACCACCUAGACCGUGCCACUAACAAAGAGCUGAUCUGUGACAGAUGUCCAGCGGGAACCUAUGUGUCUAAGCACUGUACAAAGACAACCUUAAGAGAGUGUAGCCCUUGUGCAGAUGGGACUUUUACUAAGCAUGAGAAUGGUAUAGAGAGAUGCCACGUCUGUCGAAAACCUUGCGAACUGCCAAUGGUGGAGAAAACGCACUGUACUGCCUUGACUGACCGCGAGUGCACUUGCCCCUCUGGUACCUUUCAGUUUAAUGAUACCUGCGUCCCUCAUUCAGUCUGCCCAGUUGGCUGGGGUGUGCGAAAGAAAGGAACGGAGACUGAAGAUGUUAGAUGUAAACCAUGCCCUCGUGGUACCUUUUCUGAUGUGCCUUCCAGUGUGAUAAGAUGCAAAACAUUCACUAACUGCUUGAGGAAGAAUAUGGUGGUGAUAAAGACAGGAACUAAGGAAAGCGAUAACAUCUGUGGGUUCUCGUCAUCUCUUCCUAACACAGUUAUGUCUUCACUGAGCCCAGAAGAGGAUGAUGUAAACUAUGAAGUUCCAUCUACCACUUUUCUUCCCGAAGGUGUCAACACUUCAGUUUCCAGCUUUGCUGCCUCUCAUAGACCAAAUGUGUACAAUGGCACGAUCGACCCAACAGACAUUUACAAUGAAACCUCAGAUAAUGAGACGGAUGGUGUCAACGUGACCAUCUCAAACUCCAGGGCUACCAAUCACCAGCAAAAUUUUUACCACAAACACAGCCAGGCAGUUCCGAAACUGCAGCCAGCAUUGGAGAUGACAAGCGGUGAAAAAUCGAGCAUCCCCUAUGUGCCCCCCAAGAGAGGACCACCACGCCAGAACGCCCACAAGCAUUUUGAUAUAAAUGAACACUUACCGUGGAUGAUCGUCCUGUUUCUGCUGCUAGUUCUCGUGGUUAUAGUUGUGUGCAGCAUUCGGAAAAGCUCACGGACUCUGAAGAAGGGUCCUCGGCAAGAUCCCAGUGCCAUUGUGGAAAAGGCUGCUCUGAAAAAAUCCGUUACUCCAACCCAGAACAGAGAGAAGUGGAUCUACUACUGCAAUGGGCAUGGAAUUGACAUUCUGAAGCUCGUAGCAGCCCAGGUUGGAAGCCAGUGGAAAGAGAUCUACCAAUUUCUGAGCAAUGCAAGUGACCGUGAGAUGGCGGCUUUCUCCAAUGGGUACACUGCAGACCAUGAAAGGGCCUAUGCUGCCUUACAGCACUGGACCAUCCGAGGCCCUGAAGCCAGUCUCGCUCAGCUCAUCAGCGCACUGCGGCAGCACAGACGUAAUGAUGUCGUGGAGAAGAUCAGAGGCCUGAUGGAAGACACAACCCAGCUAGAACCUGACAAACUGGCCCUUCCAGUGAGCCCCAGCCCGCUCAGUCCCAUUGCCAGUCCAAAUCUGAAUCCUCCUGAUGCCACCAUCCUCACCGUGGAACCAUCUCCUUGCGAGAAGAACAAGGGCUUCUUUGUCGAUGAAUCGGAACCUCUUCUGCGCUGUGAUUCGACUUCCAGCGGCUCCUCUCCACUCAGCCGAACAGGCUCUUUUAUUACCAAAGAAAAGAAAGACACAGUGCUGCGUCAGGUGCGGUUGGACCCUUGUGACCUGCAACCCAUCUUUGACGACAUGCUUCACAUCCUAACUCCUGAGGAGCUCCAUGUGAUUGAAGAGAUUCCACAGGCAGAGGAUAAGCUGGACAGGCUAUUUGAAAUUGCUGGAGUCAAGAGCCAGGAAGCCAGCCAAACACUGCUGGACUCUGUCUAUAGUCACCUUCCUGAUCUAUUGUAG